UUUAUGACCACAUAAAGUGUCAUGUCCUAGCAAGCCAAUCUACUAACAAGAAGGAUACUAAUUUUUAUUGUGGCUGGAGAGGAUGUAAAGUUAAACGUGCAAGAUGUGUUCAUCUAUCAGAACAUUGUCGUGCUCAUUCUGGAGAAAAAGUUGUAGCUUGUGUUCAUUGUGGAACUAUGUUUUCUAAUAAUACCAAAUUAGCAGAUCAUUGUUUAAGGCAAAUUCCUAUUGAGCUUUGUGCUAAGAAGAACUUUCUCUGCAGAAAUUGUAGUAAAUUUUUUCCAUCCAACCGUUUAUUACGAGAUCAUAUGCGUUUGCAUAUUAAUAAUUAUAAAUGUUCAUUAUGUGAUAUGACAUGCACAACACCUUCUGCUUUGGCCAAACAUAUUAGAUAUCGCCAUGUCGAUGACAGAGUUUUUAAAUGUUACCUCUGCGAUCAUGCGUGUGUUACCAAACGUGAUCUACGAUUGCACAUGAACACACAUGAUGACGUCAAGAAAUAUGCAUGUGACUUUGAGGAUUGUGAUUUCCGUUGUCGCUCUCUGCCUGGUUUGACAAAACACACUCUGACCCAUCAAAGAGCUCGUUUGACCUCAAGCAAUGAUGAAAAUCAGAGUGAAGUUGAUCCAGAUUCUGAUAUUGAAGAAAAUGCUCAGUUUGCAUACUGCUGUCAUGUAUAUAAGUGCAAGCAGAGAUUUAUACGCGGCUCUGAGCUCACAAAGCAUCUGAUUAAGAAUCAUGGGUUCCACUGGCCACCGGGACAUUCUCGGUUCACGUAUAGAGUGGAAUCUGAUGGUUAUUAUCGUUUGCAAACUAUGCGGUAUGAAAAUAUUGAACUCAGUGAAAAUACUUUGAAUACACCCAUUUAAUAAUGAACUUCUAAAAUCCGCAAAUCACGAUUAUGAUGUCAAAAUUGAGGUUCCAGCGACCAUGUCAGAUGUUACAAAUAUCAUAGUGCAAACAUCAGAUAAUAUAAAACCAACCAUUUCUAAUAAAAAAAGAAAUUCAAAGAAAAGCACAGAGACAAGGAAAAGAUAUAGAACGAAAAAUAAUUGUGAUCCUCCCUUGAAGACUGAAACUGAUUGGCUUGUAGAAAAUGAAUCAAAUCAGACUGAUUCUAAUUUAGGAAGUAUUGAAGAUUUCUCUGUGAUGAAGCGUUAUAUUAGUGAUAAGAAACCUAUAAUUAUAACUUUGGAUGAUGUAGAUGAAAAAGGAAAUGUUAUUA